AUGCCUCCUCCAGAUAGACGAGCGAAAACGCUUAAUAGAUCUUUUCCAAAAGCUAAAGAGAAAGAGCUUCUUGAUCUGCGGAGGCUUCUUUCAUUUGUGUCUGCCCCGUUUUCGAAGCAGCAGUCCACAGGAAAUCAGAGUAAGGGCAGAAAACCCCAGAAUUCUCCUCAGGUAAAUGAGAACAGGAAGCACAUGAGGUACACAGCAACAGAGGCAGUGGAGCUCGAUAAAUUCAGUGUGAAGUACAGGGAGCAGAGGCAUUUCUCUGGCCAUCCUCAUCACAGUCUCUUCUCGGAUAUCUUCACUGCCCUGAUCAAAAACCGACUCAACUGCAGUGAAUGGCUGGACCAUUCCUCAUCUGAAAACAUCCUCGGAGUUCUCAUCUGCCUGAGAUUGUUCAUUAGAGAGCAUCAUUACCAGAAAGUGUUUCACGAGCUCCAAGGCAUAAUUCACCUUAUAAAGUACAUGGAGUCAGUCAGCAGUGCUUAUCUGGAAAAUAAAGAGUGUGCACUGGAAACCGAACAGCUCAUCACCAUGACCUAUGUGUGUCAAAAACUGGCCAUGGUGGAAGAGCAGAGAAAGUGGUUGAUGGACUGUGAAGCUCAUAAGACUCUUGUAAAGCUCCUUUCUGCACGGGACAGCAACGUGUUAUUAGGUGCCCUUCUGGCCCUCACUACUAUAGCAGAUGGCUCCGAGUAUAAGGAGAAGAUUGGAGAGCUUUCUGUUGUGGAGAAUCUGCUGGUGAUUUUGCAGGAAUAUGACAUGGUGUCAAAAAGGCUCAGUGCAGAGCUGCUGCGUCUGCUCUGCCCCGUACCAGCUGUCCGUGAGCAGGUGUGUGAAUGCGAUGGCGUCCCCGUCCUUCUGAGCAUGCUCCACACUGAUCAUCUGAAGCUGCUCUGGAGCACAGUAUGGGUUCUGGUCCAGCUGUGCCAGGAUCCAGAGGGCAGCUCGAGCAUCCGAGCUUGGGGAGGAAUUCAGCAGCUCCUGCGCAUUCUGAACGGAGAGCAAGUGUAUGUGUCUGAUCGUUCGUCCAUAGCGACUCUCUCCAGUGCUAAUGCUGCUGGCCGUCUACACACACAGCAUGUAUGCGAGGAUCUGAGUCCACACGAGGUCGAGGAGAACACGGUGGCCCUGCACUCUGCGUGCUGUGCUGCGAUAACGGAGCUGGUGCUGGAUGACAACGCCGCCCACCAUGUGGUGCAGGAGAACGGUGUGUACAUAAUCGGCAAACUGAUCCUGCAACAUGGACCAAAAACGGCAUCGUUACAGUGUUACGCUUUCCGGACUCUGCGCUUCCUUUUCAGUCUGGAGCGGAACAGACAUCUUUUUAAAAGGCUCUUUCCACCAGAACUGUUUGAGAUGUUUAUAGACAUCGGGCACUAUGUGAGAGACAUCGCAGCGUACGUUCCUCUACAGGAAAGAAUCUCAGCGCUUUCGACUGAAGAGUUAGACGGACUGAAGGAAAGGAUUGAGGCAGUGAAUCAGAAUCAUCCUCCUCUCAAAGUCAUUAACAGCUACUCCAUUCUCAAUCCUUUGGGCAGUGGAGCUUUCGGCAGUGUUUUUAAGGUCCGUAAACAGGGAGCACAGAACUGUUUGGCACUGAAGGAAGUGAACCUCCACAAUCCUGCUUUCGGCCAAGACAAGAAAUCCAGAGACAGCAACGUUGAGAAAAUUGUAUCUGAGCUCACCAUAAUCAAGGAGCAGAUGACGCACCCAAACAUUGUGAAAUACCUCAAGACAUUUUUAGAAUGUGACAGGCUGUAUAUCGUGAUGGAGCUGGUUGAAGGUGCACCACUCGCCGAGCACUUCAGCUCUCUGAAAGAAAAACAGCAGACGUUCACAGAAGAGCGAGUGUGGAACAUUUUCAUUCAGAUAUGUCUGGCAUUAAGGUACUUACACAAGGAGAAGAGGAUCGUCCACAGAGACCUGACUCCUAAUAACAUCAUGCUGGGAGAGAGAGACAAAGUCACUAUCACUGAUUUUGGUCUCGCAAAGCAGAAACAAGAAACCAGCAAGCUAAUGUCUGUUGUCGGGACCAUUCUCUACUCCUGUCCAGAGAUUGUGAAAAGUGAGCCGUACGGAGAGAAGGCUGAUGUGUGGGCCACCGGCUGUGUCCUGUAUCAGAUGGUCACUCUCCGACCUCCAUUCUACAGCAACAACAUGCUCUCGCUUGCCACCAAGAUUGUGGAGGCUGAAUUUGAGCCAGUGGAGAGUACAGCCUUUUCAGAAAGAGUUACAGACAUGAUUAAAUGGUGCCUGACCCCGAAUGCUGAUUUGCGGCCUGACAUUGUGGAGGUCAGCUCUAGAAUCUGUGACCUGAUGAUGAAGUUCCUGGACGGUGUGAACACCUCUCAUAACACGCUGGAGAAGAGAGCCGAGCGGGACAGGAGGCGAGCGCAGAAAUACUGCAUCGAGAGCAACCGCCUGAAGCUCACAUGCUGCAAGCUACCUCAGGGAAUAGAUUUUAACGACGAGCUGCUGGUUGGUCAACACACUCCGCAGUCUGAGAGACAGGACCGAAGUUUCUCCGACUCGGUAGAUGGAGAAGCGAAUGCACAAGAUUUUACAUCAAGUCAUGACUCAACAACUGCCUCUAUCCUGAGUUCAACCUCAGCUCAGGCUCAUCUACUCCAACAACGUCGAAGUAACCCUGACAGCGUCUCUCUUCCAGACGACCAAAGCCGAGCUGGUGGAGAAUUUUUAAAGCCUAAAGCUCGACCAGGAUCAGCAGGAAUCUGCGUAUCCCACAGGAAAGUCCGUCAGAUCGACGAUCCCAACCUAAGACUUCUUGAACUGCUCUAUAAAAUCAUAUUCAUCACUCAGCUUCCACCCGGACCUCAGACCAGUUUCAAGCGGCGUGCACUAGAGCGCUUUAAGAAAUCGCUGUUCCAGCGUGGAAGCAGUCCAUUUCAUCUAAAGACGGAGCUCAAUAAGGUGCUUCAGGGAAGUCAGGAGGUGAUAGAGCUGGGGUCAGGCAGCAGGAACUGGUGGUCCAUGGUGCAGUCUGGCCGAGCUGAGACACAUGUGGAGUUGUGUUAUUCAAGUCCUCAAGAGGGCAUCACUUAUGAGCAGGUACAGGUCAUGGUUGAGGAAGUGCUUGAGCAAAGUGGUUACUACAGCACACCACGAUCAAGGAGCCAAUCAGAGACAGGAAACAGACGAACUGCCAGCCCGUGA